UGCUGUUGGGCAAGACGCUCCCACAACAAACUGGCACACGUGGCGGCCGGAACAACACGAGACACGCACGCAACGGCGCACACAGCAAUGGUAGAGGUCAGUCGAUCCUGAGUUUUGCGAAGUGAUCGGUGGCGUCCGCAGGUCGCGAUGCAGGAAGUACGGCGAAAAAAUAUCCGCCGCGUGUGCUGUCGAGAAGUCAGCAACUUCGCAACAGAAAAAAACUUUUCCAGCAACAAGCAGUAGGCUUGGCACGAGCUAUGGGAGCGUUCAUUCGGAAGUCGCGGCAGCAGCAGCAGGAGCAGGAAGAGGAGGAGAGCUCCUCUGCUAGUGGUGAGGUUGGCCCAGCAGAGAAGUCAGCGGCGGUUUUUGAGGUUGAGUCGCACACAAGCUCUCCCGGCGGCGGCGGCGUUUUGGAGUUGUUGCGCCGCAGCAGCAACGGCAGCAUCGGCAGCAUCGGCAACAUGUCGAUAGCUGCGGGCCAUGGGCUGAGCAUAGAUGAGUGGUGUAGUCGUGGAGGCCACGGGGGGGGGAGGGACACAAGCGGAAAAGGACGCCGCGGCGGGAAAGGCGUUGGCGGCUUCACCGGAAUGCCGAACCUUCUCCACGAGGAGAGCGAAAAGGGCAUUCAAGAAGUGGAAGAGAAGCGCGCCAUGGCGCAGGGAGGAGAGGAGAAGGAGGCCGACAACACUGCGUCGUGAUGUGUGUGUCUUUACGUGCGUAAGGCCAAUUGUUAUGGUAAAUUCCAAUGUGGAAAUUUGCGAGCUUGGAAAAAGCGGAUUCCAGCGGGGAAUUCCAAUUCGGAAUUCCGGCAGCAUCCUAAGUUAUGGGACAAUUAGAAAAUCUGCUACGCGGUGAGUAGUUGCGUGGGGGGGUGGUGUCGAGUUUCGAGGCACGGAGCUGGCAAGUUUGAAAAAGGGCGCGCUACCAUCGUAUCUUGUGGUCCAUCAUCGUGCCGAGGGCGUACCGAAAGCAUGGCAGCACCACCUGCGGCGAAUGCGCCCCCUGAUCUGAGCACCUGCGAGCUCUCGACUGGGCGACAGAUAAUUCCAAGGAUCUCGAGUGGGCGUGGGAUCG